GAUUUGUGUUUCAGUUUUAUCAAAUAUGAUUUUUUGGGAAUACUAUCGGCGGCAAUUACAUAGUAUGUUCUGAUGAAGAACAUUGAGGAAUGUUACAUUAUUUUCAAAGUUGAUAGGCUCUUUAUUAUUGUGUCUGAUUAAUGUGUCGUGGUAAAAUCCAUCCUGUCUAUCUUAGGUUUUACGAUCACGUAUUUUUGACUCUAUUUUGUGUUUUUAAUUGUAAUGUUCUGAUAUUUUGCUUGUGAUCAAGUGAUAAGAUGGAUAUUGAUGUCAGUAAGGAGAAUAUUCAGCCUCUGAGAGGUGGUAGAAAUCUCGUGCAGCUUGGUACUGCACUGCAAGCUCAGUCAGAUGUUGAUGCCCAGAGACAGCUUCAGUUGCAAAAAGAGGAACAUGAAACAGCUAUAAGACUAUAUCAAGGACCUGAUCCUUUAGAUCCUUGGUUUAAUUACAUCCAAUGGGUUGAACAGUCAUUUCCAAAACAUGGGCAUGAAGGUAACAUUGAUAAAUUAAUAAAAGACUGUUUGCAGUUGUUUGAAAAAGAUGAAAGAUAUUUUCAAGACAGGAGACUUGUUAAACUGUGGAUAAAGUAUGUUGAUUGUCUCUCAAAUCCACUUGAAAUAUAUCAAAGGUUAUAUAAUACUGGGAUUGGUGUAGAAUGCUCAGAGUUUUACCGAGCUUGGGCCUGCUACUGUGAGGAGUCUGGAGAUUAUAAGAAGGCCAAUCAAGUAUAUAUGUUGGGUCUUCAGGCUAAAGCACAACCAUUAGAUGAACUUGAACAAGCACACAUGAACUUCCAACUAUUUUUUGCUCAAAGGAUGUUACAUGAUGAUUCCCCUACAAAGAGGAAGGCGGCCUCAGCUUUGGCUGAGACUAGGUCGGCUUUAACAUCCUUGAAAUCUUUUAAAAGGCGGAAUAUAGCCAAUGUACCAGUACAAAGAGUAGGUGACAGCAUUAAACAUAUUGUUCCUGGUGUUGUGAGACAACAAGCUAUUGAUAAUAGACUUCCUAAUUCUAAUAUCAUGGUUAAUGUAUAUGAGGAUGCCCCUUCAACUUCAAGAGGAACCGUCCCCGUCACAGAAGAUCCAGGUCCUGCUUCAUUAGUGCAAGCAUGCAGUAACAUUGAAAAUCAGAGAGAAGUUGGUAUCUGGACAAAUCCAAAAACUAAGAUGGUACAUUCUAAUGUUGUACCACACCAGCCGUUGCCUUUUACGCCAUAUGAGGAUGACCAUGAUGAAUUGAAACUCUCUGGACACCAUUUGCCUUAUUGCCUGGACGAUUUGACGUUUAAUGUGCCUCUAUGUGUACCUGACCCGGCCGACCCGACGAAAAUAACUUGUUAUAAUAAAAACCAGGUAUAUGUCAAUGACAAAGAGUACAGUUUAGAAGAGAUCAGAGCUAGAAGAUUUAAUGUAGAAAAGGAGAUUAAGACAGACAACAAUGAAAUAAAGGAAACGUUUAAAAGUAUUAAUGAGACCCUGGCACAGUGUAGUGCACUAGAAACAUUGGCUAACUGCGCUUUAGAUACAGAACAUGACCACAUGGCACAACUCAUGCCAUUAACAAUGCCUACCCUGCAUAAUGUAACUAAAGUUACAAAUAUGCAUUCUCCUGGUGAACCCAAACUGUUAGUGAAUCUAGAUUCAAAAGAAGUUAGUAUUAAGAAAAACGACGAAAACGAAAGAAGUGUUAUUAUUGACAAAGAAAAUCAAAUUGCACCGCAAACUAAUAACUAUGCUGAUAACGGCUAUGCAAAAAACAAUUUGAUGGAAGAGUUUAAUAGAAGUUUAAUGAGUAACCUCCUUGGGGAUUCUGUUACUGUGAACACUAAAGAAGCUCGAUGGGAGCUGAGAAACAUAUUUAAUGAUAAUGCGGAGCCGUCUAUGGUGCAGCCGACGGCUGUUCAACAAUUUGAAGUGCCCAAAUUUGACAUACACGAAGAUCGAUCUAUGACUAUGGCCAUCAACGUUAAGAAAAAUUAUGAAGUUGUUGAUGUUAGAAGUUUUCCCGAAGAUAAAGAGAAUGCAAUCAAAUUUACUGCCCCUGCCGCAGUACCCACGCAGCAGGUUAAUAAGACUGCCUAUUAUGAGGAGCCCUCCUGCACACAAGUGUUUAAUUUCAACAUUAAAGAUGCUAGUACCCCCAACAUGUCACAAUUUAAAAAACCUACUUCUUGUAUUGAUCAAUCGAGUAAAUAUGCGACUGUACCAAAGUUUGCUAUAGAUGAAAGUGUAAUAGAACAACCUGAUCACGCAGUGAACAAAAGAGAUGAAUGUGUCAGACAGAUGACAGAUCAACACGCCACUGUGGACAAUCAAGGCGCAGGGCUAUCUGUAAUAAUGGAAGCGACUCGAGAGUAUAACAGUAAAUCGGGAUCUAGCUCUUCAGGACAAUCAACAAGAACGAAUUUUACAGGGUAUACAACUAAUUAUGAAUCUAUGUAUAAUAAUCAAAAUGAUCCUAAUGUACAGAACGCAGCACCUAAAAGAAAUUCUAUUUCUACUCAAUCGAGACUUCCCAAUGGCCAGUUUGCAAGAAAUUAUCAGCAGAAGCGUGAUCAACUUGAAACUAAAGGGGGAAUUCCUGCGUCUUCAGCGCCUUAUCAAUCUCAUGACCAUCAAUAUCAAAAACCUGUUCCUCAAAACUAUAGCGGUUAUUCACCUCAGAGAUCAAUACAUCCUCACUACCAACAAGGUUACAGUUAUCAACAAUCCUAUCCUAACAACCAUUUAAUGAACCAACAACAAGCUCAAGGUUUUGGAAGUCCAAACCCGAACCCUUAUCAUAGUCCCCAACAUCCUGGUAUACAAAACACUCAUGAUAUGAACCCAUCAGUCCCAGUGGGGUUUCAAAGUCCCACCUAUUCAAACCAAAUGGUUUACCAGCAUUCACCUGUAGCCAGCCCUGCCCACCCUAUGAUGAGUCCUCAACCGAAUUACAAUCGGCAAGAGUUCCACUACCCUAGUGCCGAUCGACAUGUCUACCCUAAUCAACAGCAACAUCAAUCGAAUGCAGUCUUUCAAAGUCCACCUCACCAACCACAGUAUUCAAACUCAAUGUAUUACCAGAGACCCUGUCAAGUGUCUGCUCCAAAUGCAGCAUAUGGGCAACCAAGUUAUAACACUCAAAAUCAAUAUAAUAACCCAAAUAUGUAUUCAAAUGCAAACCAGCAUUCGGAAAGUGCAAAUUAUAACACAGUUCAAAGUUCUUAUAGACAGCCUCCUAAAGGUACAGAAAACUGUCAAUCACCAUAUGGAAUGCCUAAUAAUCAACCAUUUCAAGUUUACCAAAGUCCACAACCUACUCAAAAUAAUUACCGCAAUUCGGUACAAGACACUAAUAUGGUACAAAAUACGUAUUCAGAUUCUCAAGUUAAACAAGAGACUCCAGAUAUAUCUAUGAAGAGUCAAGAUAGAAGUGAAACUGCAAAUAACAGUACCAAUGCUCAGUCUAAAAAUUCAGCAUUACAUAAGAGUCCUAAUAGCUCUGUACUAAGAACUGUAAGGCACGAACAACCAAAUGUAAAAGUUAGUCAGAAAUCUCCAGAUAUUGGAUUUUCAAAUCAAUUUUUGAACUUCAUAUCCAACAGAAAUGAACCCAAAGACAACGCAAAUACACCUAAAUUUACAAAUAGUCCAAGCAUAUCUCAGAAAAUGCAUAAAAAUUUGUAUGUGUCAAGCCCAGAACAAGCACAAGUUCCACCUUCAUCUGGCCUGUCCGAUACUGAUAGUAAAGAUGGUAUGACGGCGCAGACCGCUACACCUAUUCAAUCUGCUAAAAUAUCUCAUUCUGUUGAAAAACACAAGGAUAUUUCGAAAAGACAGUUGGACUUCGAUCAUCGAGCUGAGAUCCAAUCUGAAGACAGCAGGGAUUCAGUCAGCAAAGACAGUAGGAUCUCAUCAAUUUACUCGCGUCAAUCGGACUUUCAGUCUGACGGCUACGGAAUGGACGUAGAUAGUGAAAACUCAAUGGAGAGCAAUUUUAAAUGCUCGCGCUCAAUUUCUGUGAUAGAAACCAGUGACAUACCUAGACCAGCUGAUAUUGAAUUCCCAAAAGUGAUUGACCCAUUUAAUAAAAAGAUAUUAGCUUCAUUAUUAGAAUAUGUCAAAUUUCCUAACAAAACUCAUGAGGAUGGCUACAUGGAAGUGAGAUCAAUCCCAAAAAUACAAACAGCUUCUGUUAUGCAUGUAGGGCAUUCUAAAUUUUCCAUAGAAAAGCAGCUUGGUAAAGGAAAUUACGGAGCAGUAUUCUUAUCUUUGGAUUUAAAUAGUAAUAAGGCGGUGGCUGUAAAAUAUCAAAAACCAAGCAGACCAUGGGAGUUCUAUAUUUGUCAGGAAAUAAAAGCUAGAAUUAAGGAUCCAUUCAUGCUUCCAGGUUACAUGGACAUAACAACAGCCUUCUUAGGAGACAAUGCAAGUUUAUUUGUAUCGGAAUAUUCAAAAUAUGGAUCUUUAUUGGAUGUCGCAAACAAAGUUAAAGUGGCCACUUCAAAAUGCAUAAACGAAUUUAUAGUAAUUUUAUUGACCUCAGAAAUGCUCUCAAUAGUUCAUUACUUGCAUAAAGCGCAGAUCAUUCAUGCUGACAUCAAGCCAGACAACUUUUUAUUGAUGAAGAUUCCCACUCAGGAAUGGAGAACACCAUCCUUGCAAUUGAUUGAUUUAGGAUGUGCAAUAGAUAUGUCCUUGUUUCCUGAAGGAACUACUUUUAGAGAACUAAUUGCUACAGAAGGUUUCACUUGUACAGAAAUGAAGGAAGGAAAACCUUGGACAUACCAGACGGAUUUGUACUGUCUUGCUGGUACAAUUUACGUUAUCUUGAUGGGCAACUACAUGAAGGUAGCUAACCGUCUAGGACAAUGGAGUAUAGAUAAAAAAUUUCCAAGGUACAUGAAAAAUACCUUAUGGGACAAAAUAUUUACCACUCUUCUGAAUGUGCCCGAUUGUAACAACUUACCUGAUCUUUUGGAUUUAAAAUCUGAAGUUGACAGUGUCUUGAAUCAAAUGGAUAGUCUAAGUUCACAGCUCCGUAACUUUGCAAAUGUGCUUAAAUCUAGGUAAAUUAAAAAGCCUAGCUGUAUUUAUUGCAUUUAGAUGUAUUGACUGUAAAAAAUGUUUGUAUUAAUAUAAUACUUAAGUUUGAUGAAUUUCAGUAGUCAUUUACCAAGUUCAACAGCUCUUAAAAGAACCUAUUGAAUAUCAGAUUCUACACUUUGAAGGUUAUCUUGUUGUGUUUAAUUAAAAAUGUGAUAUGUAAUUUAGCUUUUUGUUAGUAAAACAUGGCUUAGAUUCUUUGUUAGCUUAAUGUUGAAACAACACUUAGGUUUCAUUUAUUUUUGUAAAACUUAUAAGACUUGCACUACAUUUUUUUUUCUCGU